AUGUCCACAACACUCCCAGCAUCCCAUCGCCCAACCCUUUCGCGCGACCAAUUGCUCAAGUAUAUUGCAAACGUUUAUCAAUGCGCGCACUCCGAAGCGGAGUCGCAGCUCCGGGAGCUUCAGGAGCUAAUCCGACUCGAUCCUCUCCGCGGUCUGACGCAGCUGCAGCAGCGCCACCUGGCCUCGAUGGCUUUUAGCAAUCUGGUCCUCCAUUACUCGCAGCACCAUUCGAUCUCGCUGGACCCGGACGUGUUGUUCCAUAAACUGGUCGAGAGAGGCUUGGGAGGCUAUUGCGUUGAGAAUACGGGGUUUUUCUCAAGCGUGUUAAGGACGCUGGGGUUCAAGUUCUAUACCAGCGCGGGGAGGGUGAGUAAAGGGUUUGAACAAAACGUUGAUACGGGAGAGUAUAACGGAUGGGGACAUAUGAUUAUUAUCGUGACAAUCGGACAAGAUAAAUACGUCGUGGAUGUUGGCUUUGGCCCGAAUGGCCAGACCCGACCGCUGUUGUUGAAACACGGCGCGAUAAGCCCACGAAUCGCUCCGGCAGAAGCAAGGUUGGUGAAGGAAAGCAUAGCCGCCAACACCGAUAGUGAGCAAAAGCCCUGGAUAUUUCAAAUACGGACCCAUCCGCAAGAAAAAUGGAAACCAGCAUAUUGCUUUUAUGAAAUAGAAUUCUUGCCCGGUGAUUACGAAGCGAUGAAUUUCGUGACAAGUCAAAACCCAAGGAGUAUCUUUACGAAAGCGUUGAUUUGCGCGAAAUUCCUUUUGAACCAGGCAAAAGAUGAUAUUGUGGGAAGUGUGUCCAUAGUAAGAGCGACGGUGAAACGGAAUCUGAACGGCAAUGUGGAAAUUCUUCAAUCUUUGCGGAAUGAAGGCGAAAGAGUUGAUGCAUUGAAAAAUCUCUUUAAUAUACAUCUCCAACCGCUAGAGAUCCGUGGUAUUCGCGGCAAGACCACGGAGUUGGAAGACACCACCGCGGUCGCCUUCUAA